CGAAGAGGCGUAAACUUCCGGGUUUCAAACUGCUACGAGCAACACUAUUAAGUCAACAAAACGGCACUCGUUCUGAGCGUCUGAAGAUGGGAUCUCCUAAAAAAUAUUCCGUGGCUCAGAGAUCCUGUGAAUGCGCGCAAAAUUCCAGUCGAGAAGCGGGAUCUCCGCUCCCCCCGGUCCACGAGCGUUUGGCUUUCCUCCGUCCGUCCAAGGAACUUUUGGACUUGUACAAGGGGAAGAUUGCCCAGUUUGAUGGAGAACACGGGCAGGUGCUGAAGACGUUGGAGAAAUACAAGAGUAUCAUCGAGGACCAGCAAAAGCUGAUGAGCGACCUGCGCCAGCGCGAAGCCGAAAUUACGGAGCUGCAAAACGCGCUGAGUGACAUGCAGGUGUACCUGUACCAAGAGAGGGAGCAGUCCUUGCGGCUUCAUGCGGAAAAUGACAGACUCAAGAUCAGAGAGUUGGAGGACAGAAAGAAAAUUCAACAGCUUCUGGCGUUUGUGGGUUCCGAUGACGGGGAGACCACCUAUUUCCAUCGGGAGCCUCCUCACAAGGUGAUAGUUAAACAGAAGAACCAAGGAUCGGGACUGGGACUGGGAGACAAUAUCCGUCUCAGGCCAACGAGAAUGAAACCCACCGUCACCAGUAAAGUUGCGGCGGCAGCGGCGGCCGCCAAGGCGGCAAAACUAGCCGAGAUGGGAACGGGCGAUACGUUGGAAAAAUACAAGACGGACAAGCACAGUUUAAUGCUACAAGUGGAAGCCCUGCAGGCCCAGAUGGAGGAACAAACCAGGCUAGCGAGAGAGCAGGUGGAGACCCUCCAGGAGGACCGGCAGAUGAGAAAAGACGAAGCGCAGGCGGAAAGGCAGAGAUUUGAGAAACACAUCGCCACGCUGACGGAAACACUACAGCGAACGCAGAACCUCCUGUACGAAAGCACCAAAGACUUCCUCAAGCUGAAAUUCAAUACGAGGAUCCAGGAGAAGAAAUGGUUGGUGGAGAAGGACCGCCUCCUCGGUCAACUGGACGGUCGCCGCGAACAUCCCAAGACGGGGCGGGGGACGCGCCAGCACCACGCCGUCGGCGGAGUCCCGGCAGGGCUCCCGGCUCGCGCCAGCCCGCUGCCUCAGCCCAGAAAUAAGGACGAAAUCAAGGCCAUGCAGGAAGAAGUGACGCAAGCUAAACGGACGGCCGAGAUGUACAGGGAGCAAUGCGUGGCUUUGGAAACCGAGUUGGCGCAAGCAAGAGAGCAAGGGGAGGCGGGACAGGAAAUUUGUAAGGAGCGUACGGAAAAAGCGUCCCAACGUCUCAAGACCAUGACUCAGCGUUACGAGGCGUUGGAGAGGAGGCGGACCUUAGAGGUGGAGGGCUUCAAGACCGACCUCAGGCAACUUCGGACAAAACUCAAAGAUGUAGAAAAACAACUUGUUCAGGUGAUGCUAAGCGUGGCACCCAAUCAGGAUUUAGCCAUUCUCCAGGAAGUCCGGGAGAGCAAUACGAGGACUAAGAAGGUCCAGAGCGACCUCAUGACAUUGAAGGCCAAGAUUUACGGACUGGAAAAUGAGCUCAGGUUUUGCUGAAGUUUGUCGCUUUAUUUACACGCGUAAAUGACUUGGACUAGCUUUAAAUUUGUGCUACUCGUACCGUUUGAUAGGAUAUCUUUUUUAUUUUUGCUAAUAAAUGGUUUUUAAUCAAUAAAGCACCUGCUAUUUUUGCUGUUUAUUUGCAUUUUUAUUUUCAUUGGUGCCAAUAAAUGUUUUCAAUCAACACACCACCUGCUAUCAGUAAUGUUUAUUAGUACACCUUGAUUAUUUUGUGCCAGUAAAUAUUUAUAGUCAAUCAACCACCUGUUAUUUUUACUAUUUAUUAGAAGAUAUUUUUUUAUGUUGUGCCAAUAAAUGUUUUUGAACAGUCAAAUAUUUGUAGUUU